AUGGAGAGUGAAUCAACUGUAUGCAAAACUAUACUGCCGUGCCUGAAGAAGAUGUCAUAUAAGUUCUAUGCCGAGACUAUCCCAAGGUGAAGGUGACAAAGAAAUGGCUUGAUCUUCUUUGGUGCAUUUAGUUGAGUCCAUCUGGAACAUUUCUUCCUCUUUUGAGUUAUUAUGGGCCCAACAGCCUUGGGCUAGCUCACAGCUUAUUUGUAGAAAAACGUUUUAAUCCAUGUCAACAAGAAACUAAGCCCUCGAAAGUAGACACUCUUUGUAGACAAUAGAGCGCCAUAACUAUGAUGGAUGAGUACAUCCGAAGCUAGAGCAUUUCUCAGUGCCAGAAAGAGAUGAUUUCUAUCUAUGCAUGAGAGAGACUAAGAUUUAUUAUGUUAUUUUUGGGGGGAAAAAAAAGAAGAUGGGGAGCGAAGAGAACGAAACAAUGAACUCCUGUCGAAAAAAGAGGACAUGAGAAGAGAUGGGGGAGAAGAAACCAUGUUGAAAUGCGAGAAGAAGAUGAAUAGAGGAAGGAAUGAUCGAACAUAGCAAGUUCUUACUUUCAUUUAAUAAUUUAUUGGACGAUCUUCAGUAACCCAAAUUUCCCAUUCAUUCGUGUCUCUAUGACUUUGUCCACAUGGUUGCUAGUAAUUUUAUGUUACUUUGGUGGUACAUCUGUUAUUAGUGCUGUUUACGAAGUUACAUCUCUCUAGACCCGACUUGGCAUCCUUAGAUUUCAGUGCAUAAGUGCUGUUAUGUCCAAAGCGUUCCUUACAAGACCAAUCAGGUGUAAGGUUUCAAUGCAUAGAUGCUCUAUCAAUAGCUUCCGUGUUCAAUGCUGAUGUUCGUACCCACUAUGAAGUAUUUAGCAAAAUUGCCUACCAAAUAUUAUUAUGUCCUUGGACAUACGGGGAGAGUUAAACUUGUUGUGAAGGCGACUACAUUUGUCGAUUAUGUCGCUACAAAUGAUAGUUCCCCUGAUUACUUUCCUUCCUGUAUCAUCCCAUUCGCUUCAGCUGCCUCGAUUCUAAAGGUUCAUAGAGUCCAUACGACUUCAUCUCCCACUAUUUUCCCACCCAUGUCUUAAAAUUCUUGUAUGGUAGUAAGUUGCUGGUGGUAAUAUGCGUUCCUCUUGAUGAGACCAAUGAGCCUUUGUUCUCUUAUCAUCGUCCGGCGCACUAAAGAACUAGCACUUCACAUUACGUAGACUUGUUUGUGUUAGUAGUUUGAGCCGAAGGAUCCUGGCAUUCUUGAAAUUGUCUCCCACUGAAAGUAGGUGCGCCUUAAGUCUACUUUAUCAUCAGGAUACGUCUACUGGUUCCAAAGCUCUCUUUAUUCUUCCCAGAUGUGACGCGAAGCUUACUCCUUGGAUGAUACUCCAUUCAAUGAUCCAAUACUUCAUUAGUGGCGCAUUGGUUACGUUGCCGGUAAAUUUAUAGAGAUAGCUCCCUCUACUUGGAGGCUCCGGUGCUGAUUAGUGAGGUCGCAGACAAGAUCGAUGCCCCACUUUAGUUGAUCAUUACAGUUAACUGAGUGAAGUAUCAUGCUUUCUCUGAUUCUAGCGUUGAAUUUUUUAGGUUACGUUGUCUUCAAAACAGCAUGGGCAUUCACGCCCUUAUACUCAGCCAAUGCAAGCGUUAUCGAAAUCAUGCUCAAGAAGAUGCUUUUAUGGAGAUGCUGAGCGUUCAGAGAUUGAUCCUCAUUUGGGCGUCAAGGAAGUAAUUCGUGAAGGAUUAAUCUGGCAUAUGUUGGUUACCGUGAACAUUUCAGGGAUCUCUUCACAAAAAUCCAUUUUUAUGCAGCUUAAGAAUCCAGAGGCAAUUGGGUUGGCUGGGGUCUUCCCCAGGGCUUCAAAGGUCUCGGUCAUGAAGGCCAGAGGAAGAGCCUGUCACUCCUGCGGCAGCAUCGACUGAUUGGAACGCAGAUUCUCGCCUUGAUUCGGGGGAGAAGCAGGGAGGAGGUGCCCAUUAA